AUGGUUAGAAAGAGUAUCUCGUUCGAGUCGCAAGGACUAAAGUGUGCUGCCUACUUAUAUCUUCCAGACACCGAAGAAAAGAGACCUGUUAUCGUCAUGGCUCAUGGCCUUGGAGGGAUCAGAGAAAUGCGAUUGGAUUCUUUUGCAGAGGAGUUUUGUAAAGUUGGCUAUGCUUGUGUUCUCUUUGACUAUAGAUAUUUUGGUGCAUCUGAGGGUACUCCCAGGCAGUUAUUGGACAUCGAAAGUCAGAUCCAGGACUGGAAGGCGGCAAUAGACUACGCCAGGCACUAUUUGGAGGUGGACCACGAAAAGGUGAUAAUUUGGGGAUCGUCUUUCUCUGGUGGCCACGUCAUUCGUUUGGCUUCAGAAGAUAAGAACAUUUUCGCAGCCAUGUCACAGUGUCCAUUCACUGAUGGGUUUGCAUCGGCAGCUACCAGCAAUUUAUUUACUUCGGUGAAGUUGGGUGCCCUUGCUAUUGCGGAUUUGGUGGGAUCCAAGUUCGGUAGAGACCCGAUCUACGUUCCUUUGGCUGGUGAGCCUUCUCUGACUGCGUUCAUGACUGCACCCGAUUGUCUUCAGGGUUACCUUAAUUUGGUUCCAGACAACGAAGACAAAGCUAAGUUUGAGAACAAAUGUGCUGCACGGUUAGCACUUCAAUUAUCAACUGCAUUCCCAGGGAAGCGGGCUAAAGAUGUCGAAUGUCCGAUACUUGAUGUGUAUGUGACAAUGAUACUCUUGCACCAGCAGAGACCACCAUUGCACAUGUCAAAAAGGCGAAGAAAGUUGUGGUGA